UUUCAUUCAGGCUCAGAAUCUCAUGCUGCUUACAAAGCAGAGAAGCUCUGCACUCACUCAGGCUGGAAAGCGGCUGUUUGCACUGGGAACAGCAGCGGUGCCACAGAACCCCAGAGUGUCAGGGGUUGGAGGGCCUGGAAAGCUCAUCCAGUGCAAUCCCCCCAUGGAGCAGGAACACCCAGAUGAGGUUACACAGGAAGGUGUCCAGGCGGGUUGGAAUGUCUGCACAGAAGGAGACUCCACAACCCCCCUGGGCAGCCUGGGCCAGGCUCUGCCACCCUCACCAGGAACAAGUUUCUUCUCAGAUUUAAGUGGAACCUCCUGUGUUCCAGUUUGCACCCAUUGCCCCUUGUCCUGUCACUGGUUGUCACUGAGAAGAGCCUGGCUCCAUCCUCCUGACACUCCCCCUUUAGAUAUCUGUAAACAUGAAUGAGUCCCCCCUCAGUGUCCUCUUGUCCAGCUCCAGAGCCCCAGCUCCCUCAGCCUUUCCUCACACGGGAGAUGCUCCACUCCCUCCAGCAUCUUGGUGGCUGCGCUGGACUCUCUCCAGCAGUUCCCUGUCCUGCUGGAACUGAGGGGCCACAACUGGACACAAUAUUCCAGGUGUGGUCUCCCCAGGGCAGAGCAGAGGGGCAGGAGAACCUCUCUGACCUACUGACCACCCCCUUCUAACCCACCCCAGGUACCAUUGGCUUCCUGGCCACAAGGGCCCAGUGCUGGCUCAUGGUCACCCUGCUGUCCCCAGGACCCCCAGGUCCCUUUCCCCUACACUGCUCUCCAACAGGUUGUUCCCGUGGACACGCUCAGGACGCCCCAAGCUCCCUGUGAGGACAGAAGAGACGGAUGCAGCUCCUUAACACAGCACCAGAAUCCAAACACAAUGACCCUGCUGAAACUCUUCCUCCUGUGCCAAAAACCUGUGACGCCAGCACAUCCCUCACUGCUGCUACCUGCUAGGACUUGACUUCAUUUUUUUUCCUCCCCCUGGGAUAUUGGAGAAAUCUGGACUAUUUCCAGUGUAAAUUAACAGGGAGAGGAAACACCGGCAAACCGCGGCAGGGUCCCACGCGUCUCCUCCAGGACUCGCUCCAGCAGCCGCGGGUCUACCCGAAUCCAGGCCUGGGGAGGGGAGCUGGGGCCGCCCCGCCAGCCCAGCCCGGUGCUCCGUCCGCCAAUGGGACCGGCGGCCGCAGCCGAGCCCCCGGGGGGCGGGCCGGGCCGGGAGCCGCCCCCGCGCUCGGAGCCACGGGCGGGAUGGAGCGCGAACGGAUGAACAGAGACUUCCCCAGCUCUUCCAGAGGCUUCUGAUCCAGCUGAACCAAGAGCAGAAGACGCGAGCCAACAAAUGGUCUCUGUGCAUCGCCAGGAGCUGCUGCCCCCCUUGCCCAGCUCUUCCCUCCUGGAGAACUUUGCCAAUGCUCUGCAGCACAACGUGCCACCGUCCCCUCUGGCGGGACACGGCAGCGAGAGGGUGUCCGGCCACCCCGAGGGCUCCGGCCACCUCCAUGCGGGUGACACCAGCCGCUCUGAUGGCCCCUCGCUCCCCGUGUCCCGCGCAAAGGGGGAAGAUGCGAAACCCCAAGCGUGCGAGGCUCAGCUCAAGCUGCCCGACUUCUGCGGCCGCCUCUCGCAGGACUUCAUCCCCACCCUGGAGGAGAUCGAGGAGUUCCUCAGGGAGAAGGCCGAGUUCCUCAAAGACGAAGCGAGUGAGCUCUGCCCGGAUGGAGGGAAGGUCGAGAUCAAAUCUGAGCUCAGCUUAGGUAGCUCUGAGGGAUGGCUUAUCUCCGGCGUGACUCAAGAAGAUGAAGUCUCAAACGCUGCCCAGCUUGGAGGAACAGCUGAUGGUGGUGACCAGGCAGUAGCUGCGGGGAGGGUUCCUGUUGUCCUCCAGAUCCAGCCCCUCCAGAUGGACUCUGCUCUAACACACAGAGCCGCGGGUGGUGUUCAGCUGCUCCUCAGCUUGCAGGGCCAAAACCUGUCCCUCCUCCCUCAGAUCCAACCCUCUGCGACCACCAGGGACCAAAAAUACGUCAAGAUCGCCCCCUUGCCCAUCGCCACGAGGCCGGGGCCGCCGGGGGAUGUACAAGAGGAGGAGGUGACCCCCAGGUUUCAGAAAGCCCCCGCUUCCCUCGUGCGCUCCCAUCGGUGCUCGCACCCGGGCUGCGGCAAGGUGUACACCAAGAGCUCCCACCUCAAGGCUCAUUUUCGGCGGCACACGGGGGAGAAACCCUACACGUGCGCUUGGCCCGACUGCGGCUGGCGGUUUUCCCGGUCGGACGAGCUCUCCCGUCACAAGCGUUCCCACUCGGGUGUCAAGCCGUACCAGUGUGCCGCCUGCCAGAAGAAGUUUGCCCGCAGCGACCACUUAGCCAAACACGUGAAGAUCCACCAGGGCCAGCCCUACGGCCAGCGGGCGCCGCAGGGCGGCAGCAGAAGUUAAGUCUUGCUGCUCGUCCUUGCAAGGCUGAGUCCAGGAGGCCCCAAAGCCAAGCAAACAGGAUGCAGAACCCACUGUAAUAAUGAAGCAGGAUAAAUGACUUUAUUUAACAAAUUAUAGAAGAUCCACCGUUACGCUGCUAUUCAAGGAUGACCUAUAUUCAGGGCCUGUUUCUGGUACUAUUGUCCCUCUCUUAAAUAUAUUAAUAUGUGACGGAAAGCUGAGUUAAUUCAGGGUGAGUGUGUGUGUAGGGAAGUGGGGCUGGGACAGCUUGACAAGGUCACUUUGCAGGUGUCACCUGCCCGCUGCGGUGUGACAGGUGAGAACUGGCCCACAGCCCUUCAUCCCGCAUGGGACACCCCCAGGGCUGCUGCAGCAUCCCAAGGCUCUUUCUGAGAAAGCCAGAGAGGAUUUAUUUCAGUUGGGCUUGCUCAGAAACCCACAUCCAUGAGCCUGUCUGCCAGGGUGGCAUGUCCAGGCAGGCAGAACAUGGUGCUCAGGGGGUGUCUGUGUUGUGCAGCAGCUGGGGGAGCUGAAGCCAGACGUUGGGUUUGGUUUAUCUGGCAGGGUUGAGAUGGUGGUUGUGUUGUCGUAGAAUCAUAGAAUGUCCUGAGCUGGAUGGACCCACCAGGAUCUUGGAGUCCAACUGCUGUCCCUGCACAGGACACCCCACAGGUCACACUGUGUGUCUGAGGACGUUGUCCAGUCUCUUCUUGAACACUGUCAGGUUGGGGCCGUGACACCUCCCUGGGGAGCCUGUUCAGUGUCCAGCACCUCUGGGUGAAGAACCUUUUCCUCAUGUCCCACUGACCCUCCCUGGCACAUCUUCUGCCAUUCCCUGGGGUCUGUCAUUGGUCACCGGGCAACACAUGGUGCGUAUUGAAGUGGGAUCAAGAGAACUGUCAGCAGCACCAGCGAAGUCCUAUUUUAACGUGAUGGGCUAUGGAGCGACGCCGAUGCGUACGGACCCAGGGAAGAGCCGCAGCUCCGGUCGGGGGCAGCAGCGCAGCUCCCAGGUUGCUGACGUCCUUGUUGUGUUUGACUUCUGGUUAAUUAAAGGCCAACUCCUUGCUACUGUGCCAACUUCCCGAGCUUUUGCAAACAUCUGGGAGGGAAUUAGGUGCUUGUGCAAACAAAGAAUAAGCGUCAGGAGUUUGAGCUAGGCAGUAUGCCCUUUCUACGUGGCUUUGCCAGCAUGUCUCGAGCCGAUAUUUAGUGCCUGCGAGCUCUUUGCAAGGCGGGUGUGCUCGUGCCGUCCUUCCAGAGAACUUCACACGCUUGUCUCAAGCUGCCCUUGAGCUGGCUUUAGUGGGCUGUGUUGGGCUGUACCCAAAAAGAGGACAGGGAAAUGAGCUGAUCUCCUUUCCCUGCCCUGGGGAGACCGUGUUUGCACGGCAAAGAGGUCGUUCUCUGGUCCCCACAGCCCUUUUCGAGGGUUGACGCUGGGGAAGGCAAAAGCCAGACUGGUGGGGAUGGAUAUGGUGUCCUGAGCUGAGGGUUGGUACAGAAGCAUCCCUGGAUAAGACACCAAACUUCUGUGCGAGAACCACCAGCUUGUAAAGCGAUCCGUCCUAGUGUUGUGCGGCUGAAGAUGUUUGCUGGUGGCUCCUUCCUCAACGCGGUGCCCGGAGCUUUUACAGCUUUGUUGAGAAGCCACCGCAGUGGGACUUCAGGGAAAGAAGCAGCAAGGGAGCUGAAAAUCCUUGAUUUAAUCUUAGUUUAGAAUAUUUGGGGAUGCUUAACUGCCCCUGAAGGAGGUGCUGCUGUUGUGGAGAUGGAUGGAGUGGGGCACAUUCCACCCCUGAGGUUCUCUGGUGCACUGAGAUGAUGAACUUGUUUCUCCUACUGUUUGUUUUUCCAGCACUGCCGGACCAUGGCCCAGCCCAGGACCUGGUGCUGCGGGUCACUAUCCAAGCAGCAAAGAGAAGGCUCCACUCCCCCAACGCCUUUGGCCCCUAUAAACCACAGUAGUUUCUGUAAAGUGGAAACUUCAGCGUGCAAAACCGGUGUUUCCACUGAAGAGAAACGUUCCUAAAGCUGGCUUGGGGUUUGGAUUCUUUAGUGCAGCCGAAGGAAGGCUCGCUGGCUGGACUCCAGCCCGGGGACUGACGUGGGUCCAGCAAGUGGCUCUGCCGUUUGCUCCCCAAACGCUGGCGUGCCGGGGGCGCGUGUUUCUCAGAGAACACCUGCAUCGCUCACUUUUCCUAAUCCCCAGGCAGGAGAGCAGGGUUUAGGACAGAAAUAGCUGGAGCCACGUAGCUUGACGUGAUCCAAGCUUUCCCCAAAGGUCUGUUUCUGGAUCCCGGCUUAAACUCCUUCAUCCUUAGCUCAGAAGUGGGGAGGUGGCGAUGUGACCGAGGGACAGGAGCAUCCUGCAGCCGUGUUUCUUUCCUGCGUGUGCAAGACCUGCGACUCUCACGUUGACUGUUUGGAGAGGGCUCUCCCAUGGAGGAAGGACGACAGCUUUUGCUGUGAUUAGCUGGAAACCCGGACCUGCCUCAGGGAGGGAAUGCACCGCGAGCACUCCCACCUCUGCCCUGACCAGAUGCCAGCAAGAAUCAUAGAAUCAUUUCAGCUGGAAGAGCCCCUCAGGAUCAUUGAGUCCAACCAUAACCCAACCCAACUCCAGCACCAACCCAUGUCCCUGAGAACCUCGUCUAAAUGCCUUUUAAACCCCUCCAGGGAUGGUGACUCCAGCACUGCCCUGGGCAGCCUGUUCCAAUGCCCCACAGCCCUUUGGGGAAGAAAUUGUUCCCCACAUCCAACCUCAACCUCCCCUGGCGCAACUUGAGGCCGUUUCCUCUUGUCCUAUCGCUUGCUACUUGGGAGAAGAGACCAACCCCUUCAAUGCUCCAACCUCCUUCCAGGCACUUGUAGACAAAAACACAGCCUGAGUUUGUGUGAUGCUGAGCCUUUAAUGAUGAGCCAGAAGAGACAGGUAUGCAAGAGACUAUUUUGCGUCGCCCUUUGUUUUAGCGGAUUUUUGCCUGGCUAGGAAUUCACUUCGUGCCCUGUUUGCUUGAGGGCUCUCUUUGGAGGCCGCACGCCAACGUGACUCAUGCCCGUCUCAUGCUUUUAUCCAUCCCCCUUUGCUCUUCUCCCUCGCUCCAGCCUCUUUCACAGCGCUCCCUGUUCGUUUCGGACCUGCCCCAUCCUGCCUCUCUCCGCCGAAGGCGACUUGGGGAGGUUGCGUGUUUCCAAACUGCGGAGCGAGAAGAGCCUGCGCCUCAUCGUUAGUCCCAGGACCUUCUCUGCUCCCCGGCAGCUCAUCCCCGCCGGUCCUGGUGGAUCCUCCGUGGCAUUCGGGGCUGGGAGCGCUGGCAGCGGCGACUCGCAGCGCACCCGGUUUGUUUUGCUGUUCCUUUUAAACAAACUGCAAAGGGAGGGGAGAGGUUUGUAUAAAAUAAAAUACCCUAGAUAAGUA